UCCAAGACUAAGGGYAUCUGGAUGUGGUGUGUCCCUCAUCCUGAAAAAACAGACCACACCCUGGUGCUGCUGGAUACAGAGGGGCUGGGGGACGUGGARAAGGGGGAUUCUAAGAAUGAUGCCUGGAUCUUCUCCCUGGCCAUUCUGUUAAGCAGUACUCUGGUCUACAACAGUCAAGGGACCAUCAACAAUGAUGCUGUGGAGAAGCUUCAAUAUGUGAACGAGCUGACAGAGAUGAUCAAGGUGAAGUCUUCCACUGACAAUGAGGAGGAAGGAGAGGGCACCCAUUUUAUGCAGUUCUUUCCUGAUUUUGUGUGGACCGUCAGAGAUUUCACUCUACAGCUCGAGAUCGACGGCAGAGAAAUCACUCCAGACCAGUAUCUGGAGAAUUCCCUGCAACUCAAAAAAGGUUAUGGUAAAAAGAUCAAUGACUACAACGUCCCGCGAGAGUGCAUCCGGAACUUCUUCCCCUCACGCAAGUGUUUUGUGUUCCCCUCCCCUACAACUCCUGACAACAUGCACCGACUGGACUCCAUGGACGAGGCUGAGCUUUCUGAAAGAUUCAGAGAGGUCGCAGAUAAUUUCUGCCGCUUCAUUUUCCAGGAGAGCCGUAUGAAGACUGUUAUAGGGGGACACACAUUGACCGGAGAGAGUGAGUCAGAUAUCUACCUACAGUACAUGCUGGGGCACCUGGUCACCACCUAUGUGGAGACCAUAGCCAAAGGCAAUGUGCCCUGUCUGGAGAAUGCAGUGCUGGCCAUGGCUAAAAUUGAGAACCAGGCUGCUGUGGAUGAGGGCCUGGCGGUGUACCAGAUGGGAAUGGAGGAUGUGAAGGCCUUAUUCCCGGUGGACAUCAAUCAGCUGUCAGAGAACCACCUUCGCUCAGAGACCCAGGCCACAGAGGCGUUUAUGAAGCGAUCCUUCAAAGACGAAAAUGGGGAAUUCUUGAAAGCUCUUGCGGAGGCCAUUGGCAACCACUCCGCCGACCUUUUCAAACAAAACAAGGAUGCCUCAGAGAAGAAGUGCAAGGCCCUUCUGGAGAAUCUGUCUGCUCAGAUGGAUCAGGGGAUGAAGGAGGGGAGGUACGCCACACCAGGAGGCUAUGAGCUUUACUGCAAUCACCAUGACAACAUAGUGGCACAGUACCGGGCCGAGCCUAACAAAGGAGUGAGGGCUGAGGAGGUUCUGGAGCAGUUCCUGAAGGGAAAGAGUGCAGAGUCCAACUCUAUCCUGCAAGCUGACAAAAAACUGACUGAAAAUGAGAAAAAAAUCCAAGCUGAGAAGAUGAAAACAGCUGAGCUGGAGCAAGAGAAGGCAGCAUUGAAUGAGCAAAAAGCAGAGAUGGAGCGCACCAUUGAGAACAUUGGCAGGGGCCAGGAGAAGUACUUGAAGGAGAUGAAAGAGAAGAUGGAGGAGGAGAGGAAGCAACAGCAGCAGGAGUUCAACAGGACCCUGGACCGCAGGAUGCAGGAGCAGAAAGAUCUCCUGGAGAAGGGCCAUAAGGAGAAGGCUGAGCUGAUGAGGCAAGAGAUCGAGGAGAUAAAGAAGAAUAAUCAAUUGGAAAGGGACGCCAAUACCCAGAAUCAGAAGGCUCUGCUGGAUGACUACAAGCAGCAGGCUGAGGAACAGAACAAAAAGAUGGAAGCGUUAAUGUCAGCGCUCAACAAUAAAACACAGGCCCCCGUACAAGUUGUUGAACGACUCUGUAUGGUAAUGUGAUCUACUCCCCUCCACUUAGAAUGCCUGACUAUGAAAAGCCAACUGAUAUUGAGUCUUGAACCGUUGAAGUGUUUGUCUUCUAUAACCAUCAUUGUUUUUAUCUGAUCCUGCUGGUUUCUAUCUGAUCCUGCUGGUUAUCUAUGAAAGUUUGAACGUCUUGAAUAUCUAUCUGGCGUUCUUGGCCGCAUGAGCCUGGUUCCUCUCUAGGUUUUUUCAUAGGUUCCUGCCUUCUAGGGAGUUUUUCCUAGCCACUAUGCUUCUGC